AUAGCAGUUGAUCAGAUCUGCCCGAGAUCUGCAAAUCGUAUUUCGCCAUGUGGAAGAACCUACGGCCUCAUAUGGCCCCUUCUGCCGACGCUUCCACGCCUCCUAUCCUAACCAAGCAACCAAGAAUAUCUGAGACAAACUAACCGCAACUGAUUAAUUCUAGCGUACGCCUCAGUUCACGCUCUAAGCUAAACUGCGCUCUAUAUAUAGUUAGCGCCAGGCCAUUACGGCACUCUUCUCCCCCUCUGGAUUGGGAAGCGAAAUAAGUCUUCCCGUGAGAUUUAGUGGAUUGUGUGAUUUAUGUCGAUUGAUCAUGUUGAAGAAUAAGGGGAAAGAAUUGUUGUUUGUUCAGUGGUUGCUUUUGUCAUUUGUUCUAUUGAGCUGCAUAAACCAUGCCCAUGCUGGUGUGACAAGUGCAUUUGUGCGUCAUGAGUGGCCAUCAGUUGAUAUUCCACUUGACAAUGAAGCUUUUGCAGUUCCUAAAGGUUACAACGCACCACAACAAGUGCACAUUACACAGGGUGACUAUGAUGGGAAGGCUAUUAUAAUCUCAUGGGUAACAACUGACAAACCAGGGUCCAACCAAGUCCGAUAUGGAAUGUCAGAUGGAAAGUACGAUUUUACUGCAGAGGGGACCGUGCAAAAUUACACCUUUUACAACUACAAAUCUGGAUAUAUACAUCAGUGUCUUAUAGGUGGUCUUGAGUAUGACACUAAAUAUUACUACGAGAUUGGGGAUGUCAAUUCAGCCAGGAAGUUUUGGUUUCAAACACCACCAAAAAUUGAUCCAGACGUUCCUUACAAAUUUGGAAUAAUAGGUGAUCUUGGUCAAACAUUUAAUUCUCUGUCGACCAUUCAGCAUUAUAUGGAGACUGGUGCACAGACUGUCUUAUUUGUUGGAGAUCUUUCUUAUGCUGAUAGAUAUGAAUAUCAUGAUGUUGGUGUCCGGUGGGAUUCAUGGGGUCGUUUUAUUGAACAAAGUGCAGCAUAUCAGCCAUGGAUUUGGUCAGCCGGAAAUCAUGAAAUAGAGUACAUGCCCCAUAUGGGAGAGAUAAUUCCCUUCAGAAAUUAUCUUCAUAGAUACCCUACACCUUAUCUAUCUACCAAAAGCAGUAGUCCUCUGUGGUAUGCCGUGAGACGUGCAUCUGCUCAUAUAAUUGUCCUGUCCAGCUAUUCUCCAUUUGUAAAAUAUACACCUCAGUGGAGGUGGCUUGCGAAAGAAUUGAAAAGGGUGGACAGGGAUAAGACUCCUUGGCUUAUCGUCCUGAUGCACGUCCCAAUGUACAAUAGUAAUGAUGCUCAUUUCAUGGAGGGGGAAAGCAUGAGAGUAGUAUUUGAGAGCUGGUUUUGCCACUACAAAGUUGACAUCGUCUUUGCUGGUCAUGUCCAUGCUUAUGAAAGAUCAUAUCGUGUCUCCAACAUACACUACAACAUAUCAAGUGGUAGUCCCUUUCCUGCACCCGACAAGUCGGCUCCUAUCUAUAUAACUGUCGGUGAUGGAGGAAAUCAGGAAGGUCUUGCGCAAAGAUUUAAAGAUCCCCAACCCGACUAUUCUGCUUUUCGGGAAGCCAGUUAUGGCCAUUCUACAUUGGAGAUUAAAAACAGAACACACGCAAUCUACCAUUGGAACCGAAAUGAUGAUGGCAAAAGAGUACCGACAGAUUCAUUCGUGUUACACAAUCAGUACUGGGGACAGAGUCGACGGAGAAGAAAACUGAAGAAAAACCAUCUGCACUCAGUCGUCAAGAAUUUACCGCGAAGUGAGAGGUUAUGAAUUCACAUGCUUUUCGUCGGGAUAAGCUACGGCAGUUGUCCCGUCAACAGAUGACAAUUCUUUCUACCAUCAGUGAUGAGUCUGUUGCUUAUUUGCAAGUACCGAUGUAUUCUUCAUUGAUCAUGUCUGAGAAGGACAUUAAUUGGAAUGUGCUACAAUGUUGUAAUAAACUUACGAUGUCUUUGUUGAAAUGUGCAACAAUGUUUGAAAUAAACUUGCCCAUUUGUGUUUUCUUUGA